AUCAAAUCUUGGGAUAUUGAUAUGCUGCCACAAAGUUCCUAUCGUCGUGCUAUUGCCAAUGUGGCCACUGAGACAAGACAAAGCCACGCACAUAUUCUACUCCUCUUCCUUGUCGAACUGGUUGAUAAAGACGUGCAGAAUGACAAACUGCCGCCUGCUGGGUCCCAACCGCGCAACUCCGAGAGAUGAUGGACUUUGGCCUUUCGACUGAGAAUCCACCAUCGGCCAAUUCCUUGCUCGCGCCCUGUCCGGAUCGGCCAAAGAACUAGAAACAAAAAUGAAUGAUGCCUUCAGAAUCCUAAGGGCAACGAGGUACAGGAGGCAAGAAGGAGGGAAAGAUAAUCACCUCACCAUCUCAACAAAGAGGAGGCCACAACCAAUGUGCAAGAAACAGGGCUAAGGCAAUCACACCAUGGGGAGCAUAGGCACAACCGAUACGCAGCAUCAGCCAUAUCGCAUCGGGGUGGAUGUGGGAGGCACCAACACCGACGCCGUGCUCAUCUCGCUGUCGCCAACCCAGAUCGUCGCCUCGCACAAGGCGCCCACCACGCCCGAUGUCACAACGGGCAUCACCGAGGCUGUGCGCGCCGUCAUCCAGGCCAGCAACGUGGCCCUGGACGCCAUCAGCUGCGUGAUCAUCGGCACGACGCACUUUGUCAAUGCCGUCGUGCAGCGCUCGUCGGCUCUGCAGCGCGUCGGCGUUGUCCGCCUGUGUGGCGGCAGCGAGCACGGCUUCGGGCUCGGGGUGCCUCCCUUCGUGGACUUCCCCCGCGACCUGCGCCGGCUGAUCGCCACGCGGCCUUUCUUCUGCCACGGCGGCCACCAGAUCUCGGGUGCUGAGAUCUCGCCCGUCGACGAGACCGAGCUGGCGAGAGUCGCUCAGGAGCUGGUCGCUGACGGUGUCUUCAACGUGGUCGUCUCGGGCAUCUACUCGCCGCCCAAUGCGGCACACGAAAUCCAAGCCGGGAAGAUUCUGCUGGAGAAGAUGCACGAAGCGGCCGCUGCGGCUGGUCUGUUAUCAUCGACGUCGACGGCGGCGCGACCACGACCCCGAGUGACCCUCUCCCACCAGAUCUCGUCCCUGGGCUUCCUUGCGCGCGAGAACGCGGCAAUCCUGAAUGCUGCAUUGAGGCCCCUCGCCGAAAGAACCAUCUGGGGCUUCCAGAAGGCCAUGCUGGAAAUCUUCCAGGGGGCGCCCUGUGCACUGUACCUCACGCAAAACGACGGGAGCGUGCUCAAUGCGCCGGACGCCAUCGACCUGCCGAUCCGCACGUUCAAUUCCGGUCCCACCAACUCCAUCCGAGGCGGCGAGUUUCUGUGGACCACAGCAAGUACAGAAGCGGAACACAGGGGCAUCGCAGCAGUACGUCAAGAUGCCCUCGUGGUGAUUGACAUUGGCGGGACAACCUCGGAUAGCGGCCUGUUACUACCCAACGGACUACCCCGGAUGAGCUCGCUGAUGAGCCUUGUCGGCGGCGUGCGCACGAACUUCGCCCUGCCAGCCGUGGAGAGCGUCGGUCUUGGGGGUGGAAGCAUCGUCAGGAACACGGAAGACCAUCUCACGGUCGGACCCGAUAGUGUGGCGCUGGAACUGCCCCAGAAAGCUCGACUUUUCGGCGGCGACGUCCUGACGGCGACUGACAUCGUGGCUGCGUCUGAGCUGUACUCGCCUUCUGGGGAGAAUCCUCUCGAGGGUCUAGGAGACCCUGCGCGCCUGAGAGACAUCACGCCGGAGAAGGUCAAGAGAGCUAAAAAGGAGAUGCGCCGGAUCGUCGAGGAGCUAGUCGACCGGACCAAAGUGCAGAAGGGCGAUGUGGACGUCUUGAUCGUCGGUGGCGGUGCCAUCCUGAUCGACACGGACGAGCCGCUCGCGGGCGUCCGCGCCGUGCGGAAAGUCAAGGGCGGCGAAGUCGCCAACGCAGUGGGUGCGGCGAUUUCGCGAGUCUCGGGCGUCGUGGACACAGUGGUGGACACGUCGCAUCAGACGCUGAAGGAGGCCCAGGACGUGGUGUCGAGGCUAGCUUGCGACGCUGCUGUAGCUAAUGGCGCCAGGCGCGAAACCGUCGAGAUCGCCGAAGUCACCAUCCUUCCCAUCCAGUAUGUCGACGCAAAGGCUCGGAUAUUGGUCAGGGCGGUAGGCACGCUGGAUGCCGUCAAGCACGCCAAACAAGGAGCGUCCCUACAGGUCGCUCCGCCAGAUCUGCCCCAGCAGAAUCUAGACAAGACACUGGGUGGUCGUGUUAUCUCGGGCCACUCAGCAGAAGAAGACGAAGAGACUACCGAGACCGUCAUCGACUUGGAAUCGUACCAACCGCGGGUUGAAAACCACGAGUGGAUCAUCUCAAUGACAGAUCUCGAAUGGAUCUCAAGCGGGUGCAAGAUCCUCGGGUGCGGCGGUGGCGGGGAUCCCUACCAGCAGUUCCUCAAGAUCACGUCGGUGCUGAGGAAAGCUCCCGGCUCCAUCAAGGUGAUGUCGCCGACAGAUCUGCGUGAGGGCGCCAUGAUCGGGUGGACGGGGUGCAUGGGGAGUCCCGAAGUCAGCAUGGAGCGGAUGGAGGCGGACGAGUGCAACAAGGCUCAGGACGAGCUGAGCAGGUUCCUGGGCCUGCGUGGUGACCGUCCCGUGGACGGGUUCAUGGCGGUCGAGAUCGGCGGCGGCAACGGCCUGGUCAACCUCGAGGUGGCGGCCGCGCACGGCGUGCCCUGCGUCGACGCCGACUGGAUGGGCCGCGCGUACCCGACCUUCUGGCAGACGACGGCCAACGUCUACGGCUCGCCUCAGGGAGAGGCCCUACUGCCCGCGACCAUCGCCAGCGGCGACGGCUCGUUCAUGACCAUGACGGCCAGCCGGACAGACAGGCUGGUGGACAGCAUUCUGCGGGCCGCCACGGUCGAGAUGGGGUGCCGAGCCGGCAAAGCAGGCCCGCCCAAGACGGCCCAGGUCGUCCAGGACCAGGCCAUCCUGCACACCGUGUCGUUGGCGUGGUGGAUCGGGCGGGCGGUGGCGCUGGAGAAGAACGUCACCGACCGGGCAACGCGUAUCGUCGAGGCCGUCGGCGGAUCCGCAAGCGCACGCAUCCUGGCCGAGGGCAAGAUCACCAGCGUCGAGCGCGUGCUGAAGACGGGCCACUCGUACGGCGUUGUCGAGAUCGACGGCGUCCUGAGCUCCGGAGCCAAAGCCACGGUCCGCAUCCCGUUCAAGAACGAAAACGCCUUUGUCGAGGCCACCACCACAGCUGACAACCAGACCUCCAUCCUGGCCUCCGUGCCCGACCUCAUCGCCGUGCUCGACCUGGAGACCGGCGCGGGGCUGGGCACGCCCGAGUACAAGUACGGCCUGAAGGUGACGGUCGUCGCCAUCGCCGCGUCUCCUCGCUGGACCGACACCCCUCGGGGACUGGAGCUGGGUGGGCCCGGCUCGAUGGGCUUCGACCAGGUCGAGUAUGUGCCGAUUGGGACGUACACCAAGCCACGGAGUGUGAUUGAGACGUUUUCAAAGAGUUAGAGAAAAGGAAGCAUAUCUUAUUAGAGAUGGGUAGAUUCCACGGAUGUUUUAUCAUUUACAUGAUGGUUGUUGGCCAUAGAACUUUGAUAUUCGUAAUCUCUUCGGCGACCAAGGACAAGGCCAGGACUUUAUUGUUCUUGGAGUCGACUCGCUGCUAGGGUCCGAGUGGUAGAGUGUCAUGGACGACCACAACUCUAAAGUGUUGGAGACGAGGACGAGGACAAGGCUGAGUUCCCAAAAGGGGGGCAAGCUUCCCAAAUCGGAAGCAUAUGAUGUUAUUAAGAAUAUCAACUCGGUGAAACGGAACAAGUGGAAUCAGUCCUCAGGACAGGACUCCAACUGACUGCGCAGGGAAUCGUGAAUUCCAUCAUGCAUGCCCUGUAAGGGUGUGUCCUCCAGAAGCAGCCCACGAGUCUCGGUGACGGCUCUCUUCUGGGAACAGAUACGCUGGACUUGCGUGGGAAACGGUGCUAAC